AUGCCUCCAUGGGUGGCCUCAGUGCCGCGACUGACCAUCUUUCGCAAGACAGGGUCGAUUGAUCGGAUUCCGCUUGCGCUCCGCUGUCGCAAUGUCCCAAGGUCGCCAUGUACGAGUCUCCGCGCCCGUUUCGCAUCGACGCAUGUCUCGCCGACUGCGAUAAAUCUGCGCCCCAAUGUCCCGCCACGCAACCAGGAGCUAUACGACGCCCUAUCCGCUCUCAGUGGAGCUGCAGAGACACACGUCAACAUUAGCAGAUUACAGCUGGCGUUGCGGGGUCUAGCCGCCCAAGAUGCAGUCACAAGAGUCGCUGUCCUUGGUUUGAAUAGCCAAUUAAGCGCACAACAAUUGGCACGGCUGUUGCUUGCCGACCCAUUGACCGCCGAAGGGCAAUGGGAAAAGGACCUGGCCAAGGCAGGCGUCGGCAAUGAGAAUGCUGUGUUGCUAAAGUACGGCACCGACCCCGACGACGUUACGCCAUCACCACUGUACAGAGUCCUCGCCGUUCCGUCGCGCAUUCUCCAGUCGCAUAAUCUAGAGGUUCUUGUUUCGACGGUAAACGUCAAUGUCAACAAAUCCGUCCCUCAUGUGUCAACAGAAAGCUCCACCGAGUCGCUGUUGGUUCCCAAACUCCAGGCCACUUCUGCCAGAGGAUUGCCUGUCCCAUAUCCGGUGCACAAGACAUUAGUAUUAGGAGAGGGACUCGACAGUGCCAUAUCCUAUGGGAGAUUUUCAGCCGAUGGUCUUGAUGAGAUGCAGGAUAUGGUGAAGUUGGCUAUUGAUCUGCCAGUACCAUCGACCGAGUCAAGUACAGAUCCUAAUGCCGAAAGUGCCGCUAUCAACAUCGCAGUUGGUACCAAGGGACUCGACAGCUUCCGGGAGUCUAUCAAAAACGCAAAUGUCUACGAGCGAGCUUGGUUCCAGAGCGGACUGCCAACACUGUCUCAGUGGCUGGUUCAGGAUCUCAAAACUUCUAAUGGCAUUAAGCCUCCACUGAGGACGCUCAUAGCUUCUGUUGCAGAUGAUGUAGAAGCAAGUGUUGCAAAAGAAGACGCUGCUCACCUGCAGAAACUUGCAACUGUCCAAACUGACGAAGAGGUCACUGCAUCAAUUCUUGGCCAUCUGGAGACCUGGGCUGAGAAGUCACACGCCGAGCUCCGCGACCAGCUUGACGAAGCCUUUGCAGCGAAGAACUGGCACAAGUUGGCCUGGUGGAAGCUGCUCUGGCGUGUCGACGAUGUCACAAUGAUCAGCUCAGAGAUUCUGGAACGACGAUGGCUUGUUUCUGCCGAGAAAAACAGUGUCUAUCUCGCUGGUCGCAUGAAUCAAGCCGGCUAUCCAGACAAGAUUCAACGUCCUAUUGCAUCCAGCAUACCUGAGGCCACAACACAAGACACCGCGCCCACAGCAGAAAACCAACGACUGGACCUCUCGACCACCGUCCGCAAACCCAUGCCUUGGCAUGAGCAAAUCUCCAACGCCCGUACCGACCUCAUCAACGACACCGUUCCCCCCCUCCAAGCCCUCGCACAACGCCUCCUCCUCCAAACCUUCAGCACAACGUCCAUCUCUUCAGCUGCAUCCGCCCUCCUCUACCUCUCCAUGUCCUCCUUCUCGGUCUUCGAAGCCUCGGCCGUCGCAGCCCUCGGCCUCACCUUUUCACUGCGCCGCAUGCAGAAAUUGUGGGAGGGCGCCCGCGAGAGCUGGCAAGCUACCGUCCGCGAAGAAGGCAGACGCACGCUCAAGAGUACGGAGGAAAGGGUAAGGUUUGUUAUCGAGAAUGCGGAGAAGAAGGUGGUGGUUGAGGAGGAGGAUGUGAGGGAGAGGAGGUUGGCGCGGGAGGCUGUGAGGAGGGUGCGUGAGGUUUUGGGGAAGAUGGAGGGGAAAGAAGAGGAGAAGGAGAAGGGACAGGGUGUAUGA